AUGUAUCCAAACCCGACAGGAAAUCCUCCUCAAUAUGGACAACCCAUGGAUACUAUUCAACAAGAGCAAUAUCCUCUUCAGCAGCCUCCUGUUGGCAUGUUUCAACCUCCUGUGCAAAUGGCUCAAGGUCAACCACCAGUGGGAAAACCUCUUCCUCAACCACCAAUGAUGUUGAAUACUAUGAUGGCUACUACUCAGGUAACUUCUACUACUAUGGAACAGAAAGGUUCUUUCUAUGGAAGUCAACAAAGUGUCGACAUUGCUGUCGUUCCUCAACCAAUGAUGCAAAAUCAACCUGUCAUGAUUAAACCUCUUCCUCAACCAAUGGCUAUGAAUCCAGUUAUGGUUCCUCAACCAAUGGUAAUUCCCCAACAACCAAUUGCCUAUCCUUCUAUGAAUCAACCCAUGAUGGUCACCAGCUCUCCAAUGAUGGUCAACCCAAACGUUGUUUAUCCUCAACAAACAUUCAUUCCUUCAGUCAACCCAUGUGAUUUAAAAAACAUUGACGAUUAUGAUCUAUUGAACAACAACCUGAAAUCAUGUCGUUUUGCAGAUGGUGAAACAAUGCUCAUGUUUCUCACCAAAUUAAUCAUUGAAUGUGCCUUCUUUCCAGGAAUUGGAACUUUUCUUUGCAUUAAUUUCAGGAAAAGAAGAGAAGUUAAGGAAAUGAUGUUUGGGAAUCGCAUGCUAAGAUACAAAUCGAGAGGAAACUACAAGUUGGCACUCUUGUAUUUUGUAGAUGCCAUUUUGAUUGUCUUUACUUUUGGUUUGUGGUAUAUUUUGGGUAAAUCUCAUGAAUUCUUCUGGUCGCACAUAGACGAAAGGAUUUACUGGGGAAAACCAGUUCAAAUGAAGAAGAGAAAGAAGGCCACCUUUCAAGAUUUCCUAGUUUGGGAGCCUGUCUGUGAGGGAAACGGCAUGGGAACAAUGAAGAUCUAUAAUGUCUAUCUGGGAGUAGUAGACGAAUUGAUCUAUCUCAUUCUGAAAUUUGUUUCCACUUCAACAUUUGGUUUAUUCCAACCUUUCGUAGACUCUUUCUACUAUCCAAAAUACUUUGCCAAAGUUGAUUUGGGAGUUGGCAGAUUCUGCGUCAUUCAUCCUCAAAUGGUUCCAGCCAUCAAUGAACAUGCCAAAAAGAAGAAACUCAAAAAGGCACCUCCUCCAGAAGUUCCCCUCGAUAUCUAUCCAAGUCCAUAUCCAGUUUAUGGUUAUCCACAUCGUCCAGAACAUGAUUUAUACAAGUUACGUUUGAAUUUCGAUACGAAAGGUGGAAAAAUGUGUAAAUUAAUCUCAUACCACAUGUGUGAAAGAACCAUUACUUGCAUGACAUGCACAUUAUUUCAAGUGACAGGUUUGAAUGAACUCUAUCAACACCAUUUCAGAAAUAAGUUUAUUAGAAUCACAGUUCAACCCAUUACAGUAGAUUACGAUUUGGAUUAUGCUCCCAAAAAAAUGUUUCAACGUUCAACCUUAGUGUUCAUCAUGGUUGUGAUGAUGAUAAUGAUGGUCGGUUCAUCAUUAGCUCUCGACGCAUGUCAACUCUUGAAAACUAAACAACAACAAUAUCAAGACCUUAAUAACUCUAUGGAGGAAUUAAACUUGAUGAUUAAGGCACUCGGAGGAUUAUCCAAGAACAAGCAAUCAAAUUUUAGUAACGUUGCUGUGAAUGAUCAAAUUGAUAGCAUGAAUAGAAAUGUUCAAGACCUGUUGGAAAUUAAGAAGAAUUUGGAAAUGCAUAUUGCUGCAUUGCAGUUGUUAUGUGCUUUUCCUUCAUCAUCUUCAAAAAGUGGAGAAAGUCAACCAACUGUAUCAACAACAACAACCAAGAUGAGUCCUUUGAGUACUCCUGUAACUACUCCAAUCAUCAAUACUCCACCACCACCACCACCAUUAUCAGAUACUAGUAAAAUGGAAGAAGCAAUUAGUAUUGGAGAUGGUUUGGCAUCAUGUCAAGAAUAUAUGAAAUCAAUGACAAAGGCACCAAGUGGAUUGUAUUGGAUUAAGCCAGAUGAAAGUCAAUCUAAAUAUAUUGUAUAUUGUGAUCAAGUGACUUCUGGUGGUGGUUGGAUUUUAGUUUCCUCAAGAAAGAAUGCACUUUCUCCUAAAGUUGCAUCCAUAAUUGUCAAACCAAGUUUUAAUGGCGAUUCAUUGAGUAAGGAAAAGUGGACUGUUCUCAGAAAUAUUGCAAAAGAACUUAUGGUAAAGAGUAUCGAUAAUAGAACUGCCAUUGCUGAUAUGAGUGAGCUUAAAGCACCAAAUAUUUGUAAGAGUUUGGCAAGUGACUUGACGGACUCUCUUCUCUACCAUCGUGAAAAUAGUGGUUGUCAAAUGACUGGUCUUGAUUAUUGUUUAUUAGGUGUUCAAGUGGGUAGAACUGCAGAAAUCUAUGGUCAAUGUUCUCCAAAUCCAUGGAAAACUUAUGGAUUCCAAGGAAAAUAUGAACAAUUGCCAGAAUCAAACAUUUUUGUUAGAUAA